AUGCCCUUCCUUACAGUAGCAGUCGCCCAGUCCCGCACCCUCUCCUCCCUCCCCCGAAACCCUCUCAGCCCUGGAACGAACAACCGUCUUCGCCAGCCGACGCGGCCAGUGGGUUCGCGCGACCCGCUCGGCCGGGAACAGUUCCUGGCAUAUUUUAAGGCCGCGGUUGAUUUGGGCGAUACGCCCGCCGGGGCCGGCGAGGAUUGGGUACAGCGGAAUCUGGAGGUUGCGCCCGGCAAGUCGCACCGUGGCGAUGGGACGCGAGAGUUUUUGGAGAGGGUUGCGAGCGAAACGGGGGUUUUUAUUGUCACGGGUUUGGUGGAGAGGGCAGGUGGGAGUUUGUAUUGUGCUGUUGUUUACGUUGAUCCGUCGCGUGGGAUUUUGGGGAAGAGGAGGAAGGUCAUGCCGACCGGCUCGGAGCGACUCAUCUGGGCCCAAGGCUCCCCCUCCACCCUCCGCGCCGUAACAACCACCCUCAACGGCAUCCCGCUGACCCUCGCCUCGGCCAUCUGCUGGGAGAACUAUAUGCCCCUCCUGCGCCAGAGCCUAUACUCACAGAACGUGAACAUCUACCUGGCUCCCACGGCGGAUGCGCGCGAUACCUGGCUGCCGCUGAUGCGGACGGUCGGCGCGGAGGGCAGGUGUUUUGUGCUCUCGGCGAAUCAGUGCGUGAGGCAAGGGGAGCUGCCCAGCUGGGUUUGUAGUGUGGCGGACCCAGAGGACAGGGCGCAGGUUGAAGCGGAGAAGAAGGCCCAGCCUCAGGCUCAGGCUGGGGGGAGGAAGAUGUCUGUUACGACGGCGGAGGGACCGCAUGAGAUUGUUUGGCCGCAGGGUCAAAGUGGUGGACAAGAGCGUGACCAAUCGGUGGGAAGGACGGCAUCAUCAGACUACAUCUGCCGCGGCGGCAGCUGCAUCAUCUCGCCCCUGGGCGACGUCCUCGCCGGCCCCCUCUGGGAAGUCUGCACCGACGACUCGGCCGACAGCCCCGAAGCAGCAAUCACCGCGUCGCCCGGUGUGCCCGCCCAGGAUGCCGUGGCGGCCGGCGACGGACUGGCCAUUGCGAAGAUCGAUCUGGAUGAUUGCGAGCGCGGCCGAUUGGAUCUCGAUGUUGCGGGGAGUUAUUCCCGUAGCGAUGCGUUUAAGCUGAGUGUAGAGGGAUUGGAUCUUGCGCCACCGCCGCUGUAA